AAGGCGGUAGUCGCUACGGCGUGGCGCGUUUUGUUCACGAAAGCUCGUGAGCUGAGAGUUUCGGAUUUUGCUUCAUUAAUUGAUUUUAAAACAUAUGGAGUGAAUACAAUAAAUUUAAAUUAAUAUUUUGGAUGUGAGUGAAAACUAUUGACAAAGUUAAACAAAGAUUACAAUUUGAGUGUCCUAUAAUUUAAGAUGGACGAGCUGAGGUUAAUAGGUCCAAUGAAGCGAUAAAUUCGACGGAAUUACGAAUAUGUGUAGUAUGAAGCGCUUUAUCGAACCGAAUGAUGUGUCGUUCAGCAUGUUGGGGGCUGCCAAUCACACAGCGAAAGAAACUUACUCAAGAGAAUUUGGGAACUCAUCUCCUAGUAUAGGAAACGAAAGCGACUUUUUUGCACAGGACGAAGAAUUCAUUUUCGACAGAACAGAUGUGAGAGCAAUAUUCAUCACAUUAUAUACAAUUGUGUUCUGUUGUUGUUUCUUUGGUAAUCUUCUUGUUAUUCUCGUUGUAACGCUAUCCAGGCGUUUGAGGUCCAUUACCAACUUCUUUUUAGCAAAUUUAGCCGUUGCAGACUUAUGUGUAGGUGUGUUUUGCGUGUUCCAAAAUUUGACCAUAUAUCUGAUACCCAGUUGGGUUUUUGGCGACUUCUUGUGCAAAAUGUAUCAGUUUGUGCAUUCGCUGAGUUACACGGCUUCAAUAUUUAUUCUCGUUGUCAUAUGCACGGAAAGAUAUUUUGCUAUUAUACAUCCGAUAACAUGUAAGCAAAUACUAACAUCGACAAGACUGAGGCUGGUUAUUCUUGGUGUUUGGAUAACAAGUGCUGCGUAUAGUGCACCGAAGUUUAUUUGGGUGGAAACGAUUACAAAUGAUCUUGGCGAUGGCCACUUGGAAACUAUAUGCAUCCAGCAUCGUAUGAAGUAUAACUCGGAAAUAUUCGACAUGGUCAAUUUCGGUCUAUUGUAUGUUACACCUCUUUGCGUUAUGACGGUAUUAUACACGAGAAUUGCGGUAGGUCUCUGGCAAAGUUCGAAUGGUCUUAGGCACAUGGGGCACGCUCAAUGUUGUGCCACUGAGUGCCCUAGAAUAGAGAAGCAUACUUCAGGAAGUUAUGAACCUCAGCGCACUUUUGUAGGAACAACUGAAACAAAGGGCGUCUCAAGCUCCAAAGCGGAGAAGAAGAAGAGAUCCACCCACCAUCACGAGGGUCGGAGCUGUCAUCACCUCAGCCAUUUGUCACGCAACGUACUACGCGCGCGGCGCGGCGUCGUGCGAAUGUUGAUUGUCGUGGUGCUCACUUUCGCGAUAUGCAAUUUGCCCUUUCAUGCACGUAAAAUGUGGCAGUAUUGGUCGAGCGGAUAUCAAGGAACGAGUGAUUUCAGUGCACUGCUAACGCCACUUACGUUUCUCAUAACCUACUUUAACUCCGGAAUAAAUCCUUUGCUAUACGCGUUUCUGUCGAAGAAUUUCAGAAAGGGCAUGAGGGAAUUACUUUUCUGCAAUUUUCACGGGAAGAGGAAGAGUGAAAAUUUAAUAUUAUUGAAUCGUGUCGGUGGCACAGGCUUGCGGCGGAGCUCGACGCGCUCCACUCGCGCAAACUGCAGCACGGUUACGAUAGCUCCCAAUGGUGAAUCGUGAGGGUUAUAUCGCAGGAGAUUUCUGUGCAGGAUGGAAAACGCAGAUGUUUCCUGAUUAACGUCGAGCACCGAUGAGGUGACUGAUAGUAGCGGACUGUACACGAUCUCUACUAUAUCGAAAAAAGACUUGUAUGAUUGAGUGUGGUGAAUGUAUGUGUACGCCUCGUUGCUUAACGUUUUAUUGACUCUCUGAACUUAGUGAUCUCAAGAGCUUACCAAAUAAUGUGAUGGAAAUAAUUGUUGUAUAAGAUUAAAUGUUGUCGCAAAAGUUUGUAAUUAGACAGCAUAUCGAAGCAAAAAGAAAAAUGUACCUAAAAUGUUUAACUAGUCACAAAUGUUUGAUAUAUGUGCAUGUUGUAGAUUAUAACUAGAAUAUUUAUGUGGGUA